AUGGCUCGCCUAACGCUUUUCCUCCUCCUGGUUUGGACCGGAUCCCAGCUGGCUGGAGCUUUAGUCUUUGAGAUCCACAUCCGGGCGAUCGAAGGUCGGCCCGUCACUCUGCCGUGCCGCGCGCCCGACGUGACGGGACCCAUCAAAUACCUGGAGUGGAGCCGGACCGACCAGAAGAUGUCCUACAUCAUCCUGUACCAGGACCAGCACUUCCACCCGGACUUCCAGGACCGGGCCUUCCGGGAGCGAGCCGAGCUGCUGGACAAGGAGAUGAAGGAGGGCCAGGUGUCUCUGGUGCUCAGGAACACCUCGGCGGCCGACAGCGGCGUGUACGAGUGCCGGGUGGUGCAGGCGCUGGGGACCCGCCAGAAGAGAUCGGUUCUGAACGCUGAGCCCGACAUGGUCAUCAAGCUGAGAGUCAGUCCAGAACGUCAAAUCCCUGACGCCGCCGCCGCCGACUCGCUGAUCCUCAGGAGGUACCAGGAAGAAGACGGCGACGUCCAGCGGUACCUGGCCUUCCUGCUGCCGGUCGUCGCAGUGGCGGUUCCUCUGCUGGCCGUGACCACAUGCAAGUUCUUCAGGUCUUUUCUGAUGAAGAGCUACAGACCCGCCUCCAAGUGACCCGAGAGACGAACAACCAGGAGGAAAUGCUGCUGACAACUUCCUGUUGGCUGUGGACUGGGACGCCCUGCGGCGCAAAAACUCCAAAUAUACCCGAGUAUUUUUAGUCCAGUUUCUCUAAGUUCACCUGAAAUAAGACAAAGUUAACUUAGCAGCUGUAAUGAAGGGCGAGCGUCAGACUGACGGCACAUUUAAUGGACUUUUAGAGCAAUUUAGAAUAAAAUAUGUGAUUAUUUACUGAAAGUCAUUUCAUGACAACAUUCAUAAGGUUUCUUCAUGUUCAUAACAAGUGUCAGUCUUAUGCACAGCCUUUUACAAAACAGCGCCACCUUCAUGUCAGGAGGAGCAGAAGCAACGAGUUCAGAGACCAAUCCUUUCGUUUCAGGUUGUUCAUGUUGAUGUUGGGGUUCAGUUGAAAUUCGAUGGUCUGUGAGAGUUAAAUACAUCAAGUGAUCCUGAAAACGUUUGAGAAACUCUGAUGUAAAAUCUUGUUUUAACUCAAUAAUUUCUUAGAAUUGAUUUUAUAAUCUACUGAUUCCCCUGGCAGAUUAUUUGUCUUAUAAGUGAACUAUGACUUUAUCAAUAUUAAGGACUGACUGACCUAAAACAAGCUGCUGAAACGUUUCUUGUCAGUUAGUUUUGUCUUAUUUCAGCUCUACUCGGAUAUUUGCACUAAAAAUACUUGUUAAAUUUGGUGUUUUUCAGUUCAGUCUGGGUUUUACUUGAUGCUUUUUCCUACAUUUGGUUCAGAGGUUCUUAUACUGAACAAUAAAUAGACGGUUCUUUAAUGAUUCUGUCGUUCAUGAAGAUGAUUGUACUGCUUCGGGUCGGUGAUGGACGCAGGUCGUCGCUCUGCAAUGCAUUCUGGGAAUAUUGUGGCCUGACCAGCUGUGUUUUGAUCAAAUGUUUUUGCACUAAAAUCAGGAGAUUUUUAACUGUAUCAGAAACACUUUUACUGUAAUAAUUGAGAGAUAAUUGUUUUUAUUGUUGGAGAAGUGAUGCCCUGUGAUUUGGCAUUAAGAGGUUUUUAAACCGGUGUAACAGAGUUUUCUUUAAGUGGACCAAAUGUUGUACUUGUCCAGACGGUGUUUUCAGAGCUGCUAUUGAGCGAUUUCAGUUUCAAACCAUUAAAAUAUGUAGGUCUCA